AGCUGGUAGAACACCCCUGUAUGGCCAAACUGAAGGCCCGGUCCGUAUGGAUACACGUGGAACUGCCCGGACAGGACUUUGACGCCCCAGACCUGCCCGAGUCCUAUACAUUCCCAUCGAUGGACAGUAUUGCCGACAAUCUGGUCAAUGUUCUCAACUAUUUCAACAUCAAAUACUGUGUGACUCUGGGCGAGGGCGCCGGCGCCAACAUAAUAGCCCGUUUUGCGAUGUCUUUUCCCGACAGAGUUUUGGGAAAUAUAUUAAUUCACUGCACGUGUAGUGUUGAGAGUGUUAUGCAAUACUUUCACGAUAAA